CCUAAACUUUCCACUUAUUUAAUAUACACUGAACACAAGGCUGCUAUCUCGUUCAAUGAUUUCUGGUUGACACACUUUCAGCCAUGUUUCUUGUUUGACUUGUAAUGAAUGCACAUAAUGGUGUGGAACUAAGAGAAAGAGGGAUGCCACUCUACUAAUGCGAUUCCUCGAUCCCAUUUGAGGACGAUUCAGUGAAAAUACACAAUACCCAUAUAGUGCUCUAAACGAUAUAUUUGUUAAUAUACAUAUUUUUUUUGUUGUAUGUACAGCUACUUGAGGAUCACAAGCCUGAACAAUAAUGACCAAUCACAACAUAAAGCAUGAAAUAUAUAUUCCACGCUUAUGUCUGUUAAGUAUUGCAGCGAUCCAACUCAGUGGUCUUCCCUUCGAACAGCAUUUGGAUCGGAGAUCAUGUCCAUCAUCAUUUUCUCAGGUAGUCCCGCACAUCAUAUACUUAUCAUUAACAAGAGAACGACGGCGUUCCUUGUACGCAAAGGCGUCGUUUUAAAAUAUGCCGCCGGCGAAGAGGGGAAAAGCAAAGGCGGAGUCUAAGGUAACAACGCCGUCGGAAAAACCUAAUGAUUUUCCGUCUUGUAUUCAGAGCGUGCCUCCUUCCUCCGUCGCUAUAACCAUCCACGCCAAACCUGGUGCCAAAUCCGCAUCUAUAACUGAUAUAAGCGACGAAGCGGUGGGAGUGCAAAUUGACGCACCUGCGAGGGAUGGCGAAGCAAAUGCGGCUCUUCUCGAUUACAUCAGUUCUGUUUUGGGUGUGAAACGAAGACAAGUCUCCUUAGGCACUGGUUCUAAGUCACGAGAUAAGACGGUGAUCGUGGAAGAUGUAACUCAGCAAUAUGUUUUUGACGCUUUGGAUAAAGUCUCGAAGCAGCAUUGAUGGCAAAAAUAAAAACGAGUUUUUCUUGCUGCUUGCUUUCUCCAGAAUAAGUGCAGCCAGAAUAUAAUGCUCUUGCAGUGUUGCAGUGUAGAGCGGUGUAUUUUGACCUGUUAGUUCGUAUUGCAGUGUAUAUUUUGAUAAUUUCAUGUAGAUUUAUGCUGGCUAGUGGUUAUAUCUGUCAUUUGAUAAAUGUUAACUUUAUGUGGAUUGAGUAUCAUAUGACUUAUAAUCCAUUUCUUAAGAUUUUAUAUUUAUAGUUCUAAUUGUGUA